GAAAUUAAUAAAUAAAAUAAAUAAAUAAAAUUCCAGAAAGAAGAAAUGGAACUUCAACAACCCGAAACCUUUAUAAUCAAAGAGAAAUUCCAAGUUCAAAACACAAAUAAGAACGGAAAGAAAAAUGAAGAAGAAGAAACUAAACUUGUACAAUGCGACGCCAUCAUUCCAGCCGAAGAACAACAGCUAAACACUUCCAUGGCCAUUGAGAAAAGUUGGAUAUCAUCGAAUAGGAAACUAGACUACGACAUGUUAAUUAUACCAGAAAGUAUUUUAGGAUUCUACGAGUUAUUUUUCCCUCGAGGACGAAGACCAGAUCCAGAAUUGGAUAAAGCUCACGAAAUGAUUAAACAUAUAAAUACGACUUUUUUUAGCUGCGUUUUAUGUAUGGCAGUUUUAGUAUAUUUCAUCAUCAUUCCGAUUCUGAUGAUCAUUUUUGGUACGAUCUACUUAAAGGAAUGUCCAGCACAGAAAUAUUUACCAGUUUUCUUGAUAGUCGGGGGUAUAACAAUCAUCAUAAAGACACUACUAGACGUUAGUUUCCGAUUCGUAAAGAAUAAGAAGAAAGAGAAGAAACGUUUUACACUCCCUCUAAUAAUUCUACAAAUAUUUUUGUUUUCUUGGUUUGUGACAGGUUGUGUUUGGGUGUACGAAAUGUAUCCACCUGUUUACGAUGAUAAUUCUGAUUCACGAUAUUGUAAUAGGAACUUAUAUUUAUUUACAUUUUGGACGAUUAGUUCUAUUUUCAUUUUAGUGGCUGUAUACAUAUGUUUCCUGUGUCUCUUCACCGGAGUUCUGCUCGCUUGUCUGUACGUAACGGAUAAAAUCUAUUCGUAAUACCGAACUUUGUACAAAUCGUAAAUUAUUUGUUUACUUGGACGGAUUAUCGUGUUGAAAAUGUGAUAUUUUUUUUUCUACAAAAGUAUGUAUUUAUACAUUCCUUUUUAAAGGGAAGUUUCUUAAUAUAGUCGUGUUUGUUGGAAUUUUUUACGUAUACAUUAAAGAAACUUUGUUUAAAAAAA